GUUGAGACGUCCGCGGCGGCGUAAAGAAGUUAAAGGAGGGCGCAUGAGCAAAACACACGUCCAUGGUUUCUUCAAACCCUGCUGCGAUAUUGUUUGGCAGAGCGGAUUUGAGAGUUUGCCAGGGCCGUUGACGGGCCGGGGCUAAGAAACUCGUGCGUGCAGUCUUUCCCGCUCGAUAUGAAGCCCCACAUUUCCCGCUCUGUCCUCCGACUGUAGAAAACAGCACGAAAGAAAGAACAGAGAAAGAAAACCCCAAGUGUGUGUGUGUGUGUGACACGUUGACGAAAGGAUAUCCAGACAACAGACGGGAGACGACACAUUAGAAAAGUGAAAAUGUCCGUCAGUUGUCGGUUGCUAUUAGCAUCGUCUAACAGCUGAAGAAGGUUCUUUGAUGGAGACGGAACCGUGGUGGCCCGGUUUGUUGGUGGCCGUCGUCAGCAGUUUGAUCCUGUUGUUGUUCCUCGUGACUCUUCUCGUGCACCACCUGCCUCCAUUACAGAAAUGGCUUCUGCCCGUCCUCACUCGUAUCGCACCACCUAACAAACCUAUUCCGCCCCAAACGACUUCGGCCGGUCAUAUCCAGUCUGACAACGGAUCACCUCAACAGCCUCAUCCUGCGCUUCAUCCCAGGAGCCGACCAUCCCGUCCUAGUUCACUGCCAUGUUUACCCGAAGAAAAGUUGGUACAUUAUCCAUCAUCGAGUUCGGUUGUAGCCGUGGCGGCGGCCGCUGCGGCCCAAGCCGCUCAGGCUGCGGCCAUGCCUCAUCGACCCCAUUCGUUCUAUCCGCCGGACGAAGAGGACGAACCCGGGGAGGAGGACGAAGAAGAUUGCACGACGCCGCAGCAACAGCCACUACCGUAUCCGCCGCAACAGCGAGGCCGCGUCCACCACAAGCUCAAUCUGGCCCUGCACAGUGAUGGAUCGGAGGCGAGUAAUUCAUCAUCAUCGGCCAGCGCCAUCAACGAUCAUCCGGACCAUCUUCCUGCUUCAGUAGGAUCUCAUCAUCACCACAGCCAGGCACAUCAUUCAAACGAGCAACAAAGACGUCACCAUCGAUCACCAGACGAAGCCGUUUUGAGGCAGCGUGCCGCCAAUCGACAAGAUUUGGCUCAUCAACAGCAUCGUCAUCAACGACUCGUCGAUCACGACGAUAUCCAGCGACUGGAUGAGUGGACGCCGCCCACCCAACGGCAAUCCAGCUUGGCCGAGACCGACUGCGAUGUAAGUAACCGUUCGACAGCACCAUCGUCGCAUGCCAUCCCCGACGUCAAUAAUAGCUCGAGUAGAUUUUACCCCAACGACGUCGUCCUAGAUAUGCCGCCCACCCCACCCUCGUCGACUGUUGGCAGCACGUUAAAAUCUAGUCGAACCCUAAGCCGCAGUCUGGCCGUUUUGACGGCAACCGGCUUGGACCGCAUUCGCUCCAUGAUCCACAUGGACACCGAUAGUAGAGCUGAGAGUAUGAUUGACAUGACGGACAUGUCCAGCACUUUCGGCGAAUCGGAAUCGGUGACCGGAUCGGUCAUUCUGCCCGGUCCCAACAGGACUGCAAACAAAGCCGUAGCAGAAAUGGGUUUCUCUUACAACUCGGCGUCAGGUAAACUGGUGGUUCGGCUGGUGGAAUUGCGCCAGCUGACUUCCGCCAGCCGCAACACAUCCAUCCAGUUGAGAUUACUUUUGCUGCCCGACCGGAAGCAGCGUUGCAAGAGCAAAUUGCGUUACAUCAAUCAAGAUGGCAGCACAGUGUCCGUCAUGGAAACGUUCGUCUUCAGCCGGAUCGAGCCGGCCGAAUUGAGCAGCACCGGCAUCCGUCUACGGCUCUACUGCUCGGAACGGCUACGCAGGGAGAGGCUCCUCGGGGAGGCUUUCGUCGGUCUAGCUUCCAUGACUCUCGAUCAUCAAAGAGAACAGUCUCUCCUUGUCGCCCUAGAGACCAAAUCUGGCCCGUUCAAAAAAUCAUUGGCCGCUUUGGGUCGAAGCACAAGCAGUAGCAGCAGCCGAGGCGACAUUAGUCCAACGUCUAUCGGCCCAUCGGAGCAAUGGCCACCGGAGAUGAUUCCACCACGUAAUGGCAUUCCGGAAUUGUUGCUGGGCUUGGCUUACAAUGGGACAACUGGUCGUUUGUCUGUGGAAAUCCUUAGGGCCGCUUCGUUACGAAGUUGGACGUCCAACAGGGUACCAGAUGCUUGCGUGAAAGUGAUGCUGUUGACGCAAACGGGACAAGAACUCGGACGUGCCAAGACGUUACCCAAAAAGAAUUCGGACGGCGGGCCGACCUGGUUGGAGACGUUCGCUUUCCAGGUGACGCUCUUCCAGCUGGCCGAAGUCACCUUGCUCAUCUCUGUUGUCAACAAGCGAAGUUUGAAGCGUCGUGAAUUGCUCGGUUGGAUCUCGUUGGGUUUCGAUAGUUCCGUAGAUCAACAGACGGAACAUUGGCAGGAAAUGAGAGAGGCUGCAGGUGAGCAAAUAUGCCAUUGGCACGCUCUCCUGCCACCUUAAUAGAUUAAUACAUAAACACAGAAUAUGCAGGAAAAAAUAGAAUACGAUAAAUUUCUUUUUGAAUCUCCUCCUUUUUUCCAUUGUGAUUCAGAUUCCUUUUUUU